AUGAAGAGGCUUGAUCAAAUAUGGUGGAACUUGACGUCUUGUGGAACGAGUGUAGCCAGCUCAGAGUGCAGUGAGGAGCUGUUCUCAUCGGUUUCAGUUGGUGAUCAAGAUGACUGUUACUCUCUAUUGGAUGACCAGGAGUUCACCUCUUUUGAUUUGUUCCCCGAGGGUAGUGUCUGCAGUGAUGUCUCCUCUUCUAUCAGCACAUACUGGGAUUGGUCAGACAGUGAGUUUGAAUGGCAGUUGCCUGGCAGCGACAUUACAAGUGGGAGUGAUGUACUUUCUGAUGUUAUACCUAGUAUUCCGAGCUCUCCUUGUCUGCUUCCGAAAAAGAAAAAUAAGCAUAGGAAUCUUGAUGAACUUCCAUGGAGUGCAAUGACAAAUGAUGAACAGGUUGAAUAUAUUGAAUAUUUGAGUCGCAAAGUCAGUACAGAGAUGGGCCUUCGAGAGCAACUUGAUAUCAUUAAAAUUAUUGAUCCUACUGCUCAGAUCUCACCUACAGAUAGUGAAUUCAUUAUUGAAUUGAACUGUCUCACAGAUGAAAAACUGAAACAGGUGAGAAACUAUAUCAAGGAGCACGGACCUCGUCAACGGUCUGCAAGGGAAAGCUGGAAGAGGAGUAGCUACAGUUGUGCAAGUACCAGUGGUGUGAGCGGUGCCAGUGCCAGCAGCAGCAGUGCCAGCAUGGUCAGCUCAGCCAGCAGCAGUGGUUCUAGUGUCGCUAACUCUGCUUCAAACUCGAGUGCCAACAUGAGUCGAGCGCACAGCGAUAGUAAUUUGUCCACAAGUGCUGCAGAAAGAAUCCGGGAUUCAAAAAAACGUUCCAAGCAACGGAAACUACAGCAAAAGGCCUUACGCAAGAGACAGCUGAAAGAACAAAGACAAGCUCGUAAGGAAAGACUGAGUGGAUUAUUUCUUAAUGAAGAAGUGCUCUCUUUAAAAGUGACUGAGGAGGACCAUGAAGGAGAUGUGGAUGUUUUAAUGUGACAGGGGUGAAUUUAUCAGUGUUCUUUCUAAGCCUUAAAUGUAUUAUCUUUAUUGUUUACAUAUAUUUCUUGACCAAAUUUUGAUUAGUGUUAACAGUAUAAACCAGAUCUUUUCUCAAGUGUAAUUUUGGUAAGAAGGUCUAAGUAUUGAGGAACUUCAGCUUUUUGAGACUAAUUUUGCAACAAAGACUUCAGAAACUUAACUGACUUGUGAAAAGCUGCUGAAUAGAUACAAUUUUAAGGAAACUUGAACUUGGCUAACGUGCUAAGUUACUUGCAAUACAUAAGUCUAGGGAUGCUUUUGGAUGACACUAAGCAUGCCUUACUAUGCUUCAGCUUUUUUGUUUUUUCCAACUUAGAGUUAAUAUUACACUUGGCUUGUUCUGUCUUCCUUUCUCAUUAUUAGGAAGAUUGUUUAGCAUGAGGAAAAAAUCUUUAGUUCUAUAGGGCUCUCUUCAGUCUUGCUCUUGGAUCAUACAAAAUUGAAGUACUGUGAUAAAUCCUUUUCUAGAAGUUGCGAUUUAACUCAAACUACACAGAAAGCAAGAAGCAGGACUUCUAAUGCAGGGAAUCUGUAACACAAAUAAUGCUUAAUAAUGUAGUUCUUUAGGAAGCAAUUAGAAUUCAAAAAAACAACUUGCAAGCUUAGUCUUCAGAAAGUUAUUUUGCUGCUCAAUAUCUUAUAGUAUGAUUGUUACUGAUGGCUGACCAGUACAUCCCUAGUAUUGCUAUGAAAAGAUUAAAAUAACAUCUUUAUGCAUUGAAAGUACACUAAUCUGCAAUUAAGUUGUCUAGGACACUACUUAGAAUAGUUAAAAAUGCUACUGGAAACAGAAGUGCAAACAAGUGGCACGCAACUUUGGUGGCUUUUUUCCCCAGAAGCGUAUCUAAAUAGAUCAUGUUGUUGGCAAGAGAACUUAAUUAAUGCACCUGUGCUUCUUAAUUGUAUGUUUAGCUGAGGAUGUGUCUUCUGUGUGGGUUGUUACACCAUUACAUGUUUCAGAAUUCUCCUUUUGUUGUCUAUCUGCUUUUGAAAUUUCUCUUGCUAAGAAAAUGAGGUAAAUUCGUGGCUUUCAGGUAGGGAGGCAAAAGAAAUUUUAACCUGUUUCCUAAUUCUGACAAUCUGUAAGGUGACUUUUGUCUUUAUCUUGGAACUACUUGUUACAGAACUCCUCCCCCCCCCAACUGAGAUGAAAAUGAUACUUCUAAAUUUCAACAUGAAACUUAAAAGAUUAUAAAAGUACUUUCUAGUUCUGAGUUUAGGAAGUAAUUUUUCAUUACUUUGAUUUUGCUCUUGUGAAUUAAGGAGUUUGGCAGUUUAGUGUGACCACAGGUGCCUGUAAUUGCAGGAUAUAGCCCAAUCCUGCAGAAUUGCACGAUCAAUUUUAUAUAGGACUAUUUACAUUCAUUUUGCAUGUCCUGCACAGACUUAUUAGCCCUGACAGCCGAAGUAUUUUUCUUUCGGAAGUGGUGUUUCUUGUAGCCUCAAAAUAAACUGACCAGUAAAAUAUCUGAACAGUGGCCUCUAAAAGGGCUUUGAUAAGAAAUACAUGAGGUCCGUAGUCAAACUAGUAUGUGUGAACUUAGUCACUCUUACUGCUGCUAGACAACAGGUACCCAAACUUGGCCAUUGACUGAUUAAAAGCUAUGUAAUGUCAUUUUAAACUUGACUGUUAGCUGUCCCAUAUGGCCAGUUAUUUGGCCACUAACCAGAAGUGACUGUUACCUGUCAAUAUUUGUUUGCAUUGCACUAUAGCUGGUUGAUGCCUCCCUUCCUCCUGUAGAAACAAUACCAAAAACUUCUUAACAGAAUACAAGUUACUGAGAAUUCAGAUUGACUUAAAUUUGGAGCUUCUUUUAAAUAUCUUGGAUGGAGGAAAAAAAUUGAAGUGCUAUCAAUUCAGCUAAUUUCAGGGUGCAGUUGUUGAACUCUUGCAAUUUACCAUGGCUGUAAUGGAUCAAUUCUUCAUGAAACGUUUCACUGUGUGUACACUGUCACAGUUCAGGAGAACCUUUAUUUUUUGCAGUGAUUUUGAAAUGUGAGUAUUUUUUUUCUCCCUGAAGAAAAAUGCACACUUAAUACUGUAGAGAAUUGAGACUCUGAAAUGAAUUGUAAGAAAGGUGCAAUAUCUCAGCAUGGUGGAGCAAGAAAGUGUGUCACUUUAUUCUGUUUCAGCAACUCUUCAGAGUUUAAAAUCCCUCAGGCUUUGUUGAGAGAAGACCUCCUCAUUUUGAUGAAGUACAGUUCUUUUUGGUCACCUGUCUACUAGCUUCCAGAGAUCAUGAAAUGAGGGAGGAUAGUAUUUCCAUCCUCAUCUUAGUGUGGGCAUGUCAAUAUAAAUUAAUGCAAGUGAUUAGAUAGCUCCAGUUGCUCAUCUGUUACGUUGGAUGAAAAGGUCCUGGGUGCCACAGUAGCUGAUUGUGGUAUGUCAUCUCCAGCUGGGUACCUCAGUCACUGUGUGACAGUUACAACGAUAGAAGAGAGUGGAUUUCCAGGGGUUCCAUGGUAAUAAUUUAUAGCUCUGUAAUCUUGUAGUCCCAGGAUGCUUAUCGCCUAAGAAUACAAAAUUCUGAAGGUUCUGCUAAGAAUGCAGAAUAACAUCUUGCUUACCUGAAUGUUGUCUUUGCCAAGUACUUGGCAUCUCAGAGAAUCAGGCCUGAAGUAGCUGUGGGAUUUGAGAGUUCUCACAUACUUCCACGUGUUUGGGUUUUUUCCCUUUUCUCUUCACAUCCUUCUCAGAACUAAUGACACGCUCAUUUUGUGGAGGGGGGAGGUGUUUUUAUCAGAUUCUUGUCUUUCCCUGCAAUAUGCUGUAUGCUUACCCAGGUAAGUGGUUGAGUCACCGUCCCUGGAGGUAUUUAAAAGACAUACAG